AUGAUGAACUCUGAUACGGAAAAAACAGAUUCACCAUUGUCUUGUGCCUGGUGCUGUGACCAUAUUGUUGAUAAAUAUUACAAAUAUGUAGAUGACAAAUCCUGGCAUGAAAAUUGUGUCAUAUGCAACAGUUGUCGAAAGUUACUUACAAUCUCCUGUUUUUCGAAAAAUUCUAAAUUAUUCUGCAAAAAUUGCUAUGAGAGGCUCAAACACUGUCGCAGAUGCUUCAAAGAGAUAUGCAAAGAAGAAUUAAUUAUCCGGGUUGAAACAUAUGUUUAUCACGUGACAUGCUUUGUUUGCGAGUAUUGCAACUGUCUCCUUCAUAGAGGUGAUCGUUUUUAUUUACUCCAAGAAGAAGGUGCGCGGAAAAUAUGUUGUAAGCUUUGUUAUGACAUUGCAGAUCUAAGGUUAUCGGACUCCAAUUCAGAAGAAUCUUCAACUGCCGACAACGCUGGUAAUACUGAUUUGUUCUCCUUCGAAUAUUUGAAUGACACAAUGCCUGUCCCACAACACUUUUACCGACAAUCAUCAAGUGAAAAAGCUAAUUAUCCACGCACUGGAACAUGUUCUACCUAUAAUUCAAUGUGGAAUUCAUGUGUGAAUCAAUGUCAAAAAUUACCUGUCAUGGGAUUCUUCGAUCCGAGAUAUUUUAAAAAGCCGAGAACUGUUCUUUCGAGAGAACAGAGAAAAAAAUUCAGCUCAUGGUUUGACAUUUCAGAAAAGCCAAGUAGAAAGGUCCGCGAAAAAUUAGCGAAAGAAACUGGACUGACACCGAGAAAUGUGCAAGUGUGGUUCCAAAACCAAAGAGCAAAGAAGAUUCGACGGCGCCAAAGGAAUGGGCAAAAGGACGAGAAUAUUGAAUGCGAAGACUUUAACGAUGAGGAAAUGUGGUCGAAUCUGUUGAGCUGUGAACUAUCACCAGAUUUUUGGGAUUGUGCGAGUCAAAAUCAAUGACUAGACUAGGACAAUUAUCAAACGAAAGAACUCCGUAUUAAAUUUUUGCUUUGGCACUGAUUACGCGUAAACCUAUAAAUGCCUGUUUGUACUGUGGGUAAAACUUGAUUCCCUAAAGUACGGGUGUGCGACCUGCGGUCCGCGGGCCAAAUGCGACCCACAAGAAACAAUUGUGCGACCCGCGGAGGAGUGCCAACUUUGGCAUGUUGUGCGGUGCGCGAAACGAAUUUUUAAUUUAGUUUAAUCUGGUGCGUGCAAAACCUAUACAUGAGUCCAAUCUAUUAUAUAUGUCUAUGACGUCACAAUGCUCUAACAGCUAAUAACUAAAAAUGUUGUGCCUGCAACUGCUAGAAAGCCUAUAAUGAAUACUUAAACUUAUUUUAUUUAUGUUUGCUGUGCAAAUUGUAAUUUUGUGUACAAUGGCAUGGCAUUCUUAUGUCUAUAUUUAGGCUAAUGUGCUCAUAUUUUUAAUUUUGUUCAAAACAGUGUCAUAUUGAUAUCAAAUGAAUAGCGAUAAGUUUCCUGGCCUUUUGUUUCUAUCGUCGAUUCAACGUAUGAUACUUGUCAUCCAUAUGUACUUGUCAAAUGCAGCGCAACGAGCUUUAAAAAAAAUGUAUAAAUAAAUAAUCUUUGUUUGAUAAAUAGUCAGAACAUAGUUUCCAUAUAAACAGAGGGUUUUAGAAAGAAAUUGUGAAAUAUUCAUCAAGUAAUUUCUGUUCAGAUAUAAACAAUUGUGCAUAAAACUUUUUCAUUCGGCUUUAUUAUAGUAAAUCGCUGUAAUCCGA